AUGGCUGACGGCGAGGACAUCCAGCCCCUUGUUUGUGACAAUGGAACUGGCAUGGUCAAGGCUGGUUUUGCCGGCGACGAUGCGCCAAGGGCUGUUUUCCCAAGCAUCGUUGGACGUCCCCGUCACACUGGUGUGAUGGUUGGCAUGGGGCAGAAGGAUGCGUAUGUUGGUGAUGAGGCCCAGUCCAAGAGGGGUAUCCUGACUUUGAAGUACCCGAUCGAGCAUGGUAUUGUUAGCAACUGGGAUGAUAUGGAGAAGAUCUGGCACCACACCUUCUACAAUGAACUCCGUGUUGCGCCUGAAGAGCACCCUGUGCUGCUGACUGAAGCCCCACUGAACCCCAAGGCUAACAGGGAGAAGAUGACCCAAAUCAUGUUUGAGACCUUCAAUGUUCCUGCCAUGUAUGUCGCCAUCCAGGCUGUGCUCUCCCUGUAUGCCAGUGGACGUACAACUGGUAUUGUAUUGGACUCUGGUGAUGGGGUCAGCCACACCGUGCCAAUCUAUGAAGGUUAUGCCCUUCCUCAUGCCAUCCUGCGUCUUGACCUUGCUGGGCGUGACCUGACUGACAGCCUGAUGAAGAUCCUCACUGAGAGAGGUUACUCCUUCACCACCACUGCCGAACGGGAAAUUGUAAGGGACAUCAAGGAAAAGCUCGCAUACGUGGCUCUUGACUACGAGCAGGAGCUGGAGAGCGCCAAGAGCAGCUCAUCUGUGGAGAAGAGCUACGAGCUGCCCGAUGGUCAGGUGAUCACCAUUGGGGCAGAGAGGUUCAGAUGCCCUGAGGUCCUCUUCCAGCCUUCCUUCAUUGGUAUGGAAGCUCCUGGCAUCCACGAGACCACCUACAACUCCAUCAUGAAGUGCGAUGUGGAUAUCAGGAAGGACUUGUAUGGUAACAUUGUGCUCAGUGGUGGCACGACCAUGUUCCCUGGUAUCGCGGACCGUAUGAGCAAGGAGAUCACUGCCCUUGCCCCGAGCAGCAUGAAAAUCAAGGUGGUGGCACCGCCUGAGAGGAAAUACAGUGUCUGGAUAGGAGGAUCCAUCCUUGCCUCCCUGAGCACCUUCCAACAGGUGUACUCCUAUUUACCAUUUUACCUGAUGAGAAAGCAGCUCGGCGCUGGCUGGUGGCUGCCAACCCCAAGAACAGCCCUGCCUAGGGAAGGACCGAAGGGGAGCUGGGGAGGUGAUCCAUUUGAGCAAAUGGAAGGCAGCGACCUACCCCCUGGAAACAUGUUGCAAGGGGUUCCCUAUGAUACUUUAGACUUACGUGGCAGCUCAAUGCAAAAACAUGCUCCAAACUCUGGAAAACAGAUCUUCAGCAGCUCCCAGAUGCCGGGGAUUUUCACAAUGUCUAUGACCAGGGCUACAGAGCCUGAUGACUUUACUGGAUUUCAGUUCAAAGAACAUGGAAAGAGUGAUGACCACCACCACCAACACCAUAGUCAUCACUCAAAGAACUGCAAGAGUGAUGGUGAAGAACAUGAUGUGGCUGAAGAUGCUACUGAUACCCCAAGUGGCAAAGGCAAGAAGGGCUCUGCAUGGCAUCGGAUGAAGUGGACAGAUUCAAUGGUAAAACUUUUGAUUACAGCAGUGUCUUACACUGGAGAUGAUCAUGGUGCCGAUUCCAGUGGUGGCAGGAGGAACUUUACAAUAAUGCAGAAGAAGGGCAAAUGGAAGGCGAUAUCGAAGGUUAUGGGAGAGAGAGGCUGUCAUGUGUCACCGCAACAGUGCGAGGACAAGUUCAAUGACCUUAACAAGAGAUACAAAAGGCUGACAGACAUCCUUGGUAGGGGCACUGCUUGCAAUGUUGUGGCUAAUCCAUCACUUCUUGAUAGCAUGAAUCAUCUUUCUGAUAAGAUGAAAGACGAUGCAAAAAAGAUACUUAGCUCAAAGCACCUAUUUUAUGAGGAGAUGUGUUCCUAUCACAACAACAACCGUGUAAAUUUGCCUGAAGAUCAUGCACUUCAGCAUUCACUACUGCUUGCCCUUAGAUGUAAAGAGGAGCAUGAUCCUCGGUGGGAUCCAAGUGGAGAUGCUGAUGAAGACGAUCAAAGUGCGGAUUCUGAUUAUGAGGAGAAUGACGAAGAGCAACAUCCUGUGCAUACAAACAUGAGGGAGCCCUCAACGCACAAAAGGAAGCGCCACAGUGAUGUGGCUUUGGUCACAUCAAGCUCUCAUGAAGGCAGUGAGAGGUCUGAUCCCCAUGGUGUCACAGUGGACAUCAACAAGGCUUUCACAGAUGCAACCAACAUGGUUUUGUUGCAACAGGACUUGGCUUCACAAGCCAUAGAGAUUCAGAAACGUCGCUUGCAGAUUGAAGCAAAGGAACUGGAACUCACAAAGCAACGUCUCAAGUGGGAGCAGUUCAGGAAGAAGAAGGACAGGGAGAUAGAAAAAAUGGCAUUGGAGAAUGAACAUAUGAUGAUUGAGAACAAACGCUUGGAACUUGAGCUGAGACAUAAGGAGUUAGAGCUAGAUCUUAAGCUGAAAGGCCAGGGGAACCAUCCGUAA